AUGACUCUUACUGAUCAACAAUUACGACAAGAACUGAUAUCGUAUGGUGAAAUUGUUCCACCAAUUACUAAUCGUAAUCGAGAACAACUUCGUACUCAACUUGAGGUUCUUCGAUCACAAAAACGUACUACACGUACUGCAGCUGCGUCUCCAGUACGUACACGUUCAACUGCUUCACCAUCACGAUCUAAUGCUAGUAUAAAUUCUCCAUCACGUACACGUGCUGCAGCUUCACCAGUUCGAUCGCAUGCUAGUACUGAUUCUCCAUCACGUGUACGAGCUACUGCAUCACCAUCACGUACUCGUUCAACUGUGACAAAUACUAGUGUAACAGCAGUAACUAAAACUCGAUCUAAACAAACACCAAAACUUAUUGAAUUAAGUGAUUCGGAUACGGAAACUGCAUCUACUACUGCACUUACAUCACGCUCUGCUUCUGCUGGAAAGACCGCACCUAAUAUUCAGACACGUUCAAUUGCAUUACGUGGUGAUAAUAAAUCACCAACAAAUGGUGUUGCAAAUACAGGACAUGCGACUAAUGAUGUUGAACAAUCAAUUGCACGUCAUCGUCGAGAAAUUAAACAAUUACUUGAUUCUGCACGGGAUAGAAAUCAAGCUGUUAACACUAGUAUGUCUUCUUUACGUUCUGGACAAAAGCGAGAAUCACCAGUUCAUCGAAAGUCACCAUCACCAAGUUCAAAAUCACAUAAUUAUCGACAUUCUUCAAAAUCGGAUGAUGAUCAUGAUACUAAAGUUAAGAAAUCACCAAAAUCUGAUAAUGAUAGCAAAGCUAAUCAAUCACCAAAAUCUGAUAGUGACCAUAAAAAAAAAUCAUCACCUGUUAAACAUGCUAGAAAACCAAUUCAAUCAUUUUGGAAAAAAUAUGUCAAUUUAAUUAAAAAUUUAUUUAAAAUGUUACUCGUUAGCUCUGUUCUUCUUGGUGGAACUAUUUUCUUUUUACAAAAAGGGGAUUUUAUUCCAAGUGAACAAGGUAUCAGUUGUUCUGUCAAGAAUGCGACUACAUGUGAAGAUAUGACACCAGUUAUUGUAGCAGUACGAAAACAACUUCAAGUUCGAACUGGUGAAGUUGAAUGUGGUUUCCGUCCAAAAUCGGAUGUUAUUGUACCAAGAGCGGAAAUAGAGAAAAAUUUAAAUGAAAAAGGAUUGAAAUUCAAUUUGGGAAAUGAAGAACGAUGGAAUGCAUUAAUUAAAUAUAUUCAAACAAAACCACUUCAUGACAUAGUAUUAUGGACUGAAACUAAUCAUCAAACAAAUGAAACUGCACAUGUUCGAAAAUUAAGUACAAAAGAAGCCAUACGUUCUUUAACAUGUCGUGCUCGACAAGAUAUUCAUAAAGUAUCGAAAAAUACAUGUUUACUUACAUUAUUAGGAUUAACUGGUCUUAUACCAUUAGCUUGGUAUUUAUUAAAGCCAAAAAAAUCACAUGAUGAACAUGAAACAACAUAUAAAGAUUAUUUUAAAAAAGCUACGAAUUUAUUACAAGAACAAUAUGAAAAACAUAUUCAAGAUCCUCAUGCACAACCAUGGGUUGCUAUUAAUCAUAUUCGAGAUAAGAUUAUUCCAGAAGGAGAACAAGAACGAUUAAAACAUGUUUGGGAACGUGUUAAGAAUCAAAUAGCUAAACAAGAUACACGUAUACGUGAAGAAUUACACGAAAUUGAUGGAAAAAAAUCGGAUGUUUGGCGAUGGAUUAAAUCAACUGUAUCAUCACCAAUUAAAUCUAAAUCACCUUCGAAAGAUGCAAUUGAAGAAAAUGAUAAUCAUCCUGCAUCAGAUGUUGGUCUUACUGAAUGUCUUAAAUUACGAAAUUGUUUUCGUUCAGAUAAUUAUGCUGAUGAUAAUGAAAUAGAUGAUGUUAUUGAUGGUAUUCAAAAUCGAUGUGCUAAUAUUAAACGUAUCGAACAUAUUGGAAUUCAUUCGGUCUAUGUUUAUUUAAAAUUUUCAUCGAAAGAAGCAGCUGCACAAGGUUAUCAUUUACUUAAUAAUUGGAAUUAUCAUAAUCGAGCGAUCAAUGUCAAAUAUAUUCGUCUCAAUCGAUAUCAUGAACAUUUUCCUGAAGCAAAAAAUAUUAGUACAAAUCAUUAA